GACCUCCUAGCCAAAUCAUAGAUUCGACGAUCAUCACGACUUCUUCAGCCGCCCAGCAUCUAGAUCAUCGCACCGAUCCCCGUGCAAGUUCCACGUGGUCCGCCGCCUGCAAGGCUCAGCCCCUCCACCCACAAGGCCGACGAAUCGACGUCGCCUCUUUCAUUCCUUAUCUUGUCCGUGUCCCUCCUCGUCGUCCAAUCCAACCCACCGCCAGGCUAGCAGCAUGUCCUUCUUCUCUCGAAGCCGCUCAAGCGCCUCAUUGAACGCCAACGCCGCCGGCGAGGGCUCAUCCGCUGACUCGCCACGCGGGUCGCGCAAGCCUUCGCCAGUCCCUCCAGCCUCCAACGACGAGUCUGUCAAUGCAGCUACGAAAGACAUGCAGUACCUCGACGUUGGCGGGAGCAGAAGCGGUAGCAGUAGCCCAGAGAAGGAGCGCAAGAGUGGCUUUCUGGGGAUGAGAUCGCGGACGGCCAGUCAAGCGAGCUUGAAGAGCAAUAAGAGCGCAAAAGAGGGGGCGGGUGGCGCAAAGGGCGAGGCAGCUGCGACGACGAGCGCAACGACAUCGACAGGAGCAGGUGUCAGCGUCAACGGCGCCCUCGCAGCGGGCUCGUCAGUGGGCAUGAGAGAGAAAGCCGCCCUCAAUACAGCAGGAGCCGCAGUGUCCAGCACGAGCACGAACGUAGACGAAAAUGCAGAGGAGCUGCCACCAGAGAUGACGGGUAAGAAGUGGCGACCCCGCCCAGGCCAUCCAGGAAACCUAUCGCCUUCUCAAACCUCUGCCCUCCUCCAACUCACCGGUCUCUUAUCCUCUGACUCUGCCCUCCCACCAACAUCUCAAUUCACACCAGAAGAGCUCGAGAUCCCGCUAUGCCGCUUCCUACGCGCUCGCAACUGGAAUGUGAGCCAAGCCCGGGAAAUGUGGAACAAGAGCGUCGAAUGGAAAAAGAGUGUCGAUCUCGACCGACUCAUGACGGAGUUCGACUUUUCCGAGAGGGAACAAGUGGCCAAGGCGGGCUGGCAGAUGUACUUCCACAAAGUGGACAAGCUCGGUCGUCCCAUCUUCGUUCAGGAUCUCGCAGGUUUGGACCCAGCUCAACUCUGGGUUCAUACGAAUCCGGACCGCAUCGUAAAGAACUUCGCCGUCACGCUCGAGCACGCAGUACGGUAUCGCUACAAGGCUUGCAGUGCUGCCACGCCCGACGGGAGGUUGAUAGAGGACAAUCUGAUGAUCCUCGAUAUCCAGGGAUUGGGGAUGAGCACCUUCUGGAAUUUCAAGGGGCAACUUCAGCAACUCCUCUCGAUUUUGGACAACAAUUUCCCAGAAUUGAGUGGGAGAGUACAGAUCAUUAAUGCUCCUUGGCUUUUCAGCACAAUCUGGGGCUACUUGAAAGGCUGGCUACCCCCGAAUACAGUCGAUAAGAUCGACAUCACCGGGGCUGACUACAGCGGGGUAUUGCUGCAGUUCAUUGAUGCAGAGGCGCUGCCCAAGCGACUUGGAGGCAAAUGUGAAUGUAAAGGUCCGGGCGGUUGUGUGAGGAGUGAUGCGGGACCGUGGAAUGCGGCAGGCGUGGAUGGCAGGCCGGCCGCUGCGGCCGACAAGGAGAAGCUUACGGGUUAGAUGGCCGAAGUGGAACUCAAGGCGAGAAGAC